CACAUGGGGUUUUUAAUUUAGUGGAAGCACUCACUCGUUGACAAGCCUCACUUGCCAAACAGGAUUGCGCGAUGCUGUUGUCUCGCUUGCGUUAGAGAGAAAGCAGGGAGACAAUAGCUAAGAAAUCAGAAGCACUCUUGGGGCUCAGGCUCGGCGGCCAAACGGAGCGGGGUGGCCCCUGCCCGCUCUGGCCGAGUCCCUGCUCCUGCCGGCCAAAGGCGGACGCGGCUCCGUGCGGGGCGAGCCGGGCGCUCCGUGCGCGGCGCUGGAGCGGCCAAAGGCGGCCCCGCCCCGCCCGUCCCGCCCCGCCGCGGGCCGGGGCCGGGGCCGAGCGCUCGGGCGGGCGGCGCUCAGGAUGCUCGGGCAGCGCCGCGGGCCGGGCGGGCGCGAUGGAGCCGCCUGAGGGCUGGGAGCCCUACGGGCGGCCGGGCCGGCGCACGCAGCGGCUGCUCAGCGCCCUCGGCCGCCGCUACGGGCUGGAGCGCGGCGUGGAGAACGAGACCGUCGUGCUGGCCGCCGGCCCGGAGCAGCACCUGCAGGAGAUCUUCCAGCGCCUGCACUGCGCCGGGGCGGGCCGCAUCCCCGGCGAGGAGCUCCGCACGCUGUGCCGGGUGCCGGGGCCGCAGGAGGCGGCGGAGCCCGAGCGGUGCGCGGGGCUGUGGGACGGGCUCUCGGCCGAGCUCACCUUCCGCCACUUCCACGCGCGGCUCCGCGGCCACUUCAGCACCCGCGCGGGGCCGCGGCUGCCGCUGGGCCGGGAGAGCGAGCGCAUCGAGAGCCAGAUCCGCCCGCGCAGCCCCCGCCGCCGCCGCGCCCGCCCCGCCGAGCCCGAGCGGCGGCCGCCGGGGCCCUGCUCCCGGGAGCGCUGCCAGGAGACGGUGGCGCUGGAGCGGGCCGAGGAGCGCAUGGCCGAGCUGCUCGAGGAGAAGGGCAGCCUGCGGGAGCUGCUGGAGGACAUGCGGGCCGCCCUGCGGAGCAGCGAUGCGCGGUGCCUGGCGCUGCAGGUGGGACUGCAGAAGAGCCGUGCCAGCCAUAAAGAAGAAGGAUCCUGCUUCAUAGGGAGUAAGAGACCAUUAACACAGAAGCACUGCCAGACCAAGUGCCUCCAAAGUGUCCUGAAGGAAAUGGAGCUCGUGCACAGCUCCAGGGAUGGGCAGAUUGGAGAAGCCAUCAGGUUCAGUCAGGAGCUGGAGAAGGAGCUGAAGAGCUCUCAGGAAGCUCUGGUCAGCCUGGAGGAUUGCAACCGUAACCUGAAGAGGGAGCAGGCAGGGAUGAGGAGGAAGGUGGAAGAGGCCAGACACGCUGUCCUGAACAGUCUUGGCAAAGUGAAGGAGCUGGAAGUGAGAGCUAACGAGGUGCCCCAUCUGCAAGGAUACAUUCAGCAGCUGGAAUCACAACUGCAGCACUACAGGUAG